AUGUCAGGCCAGUCAAGCAAUUCUGUAUGGCAGUUCGUACAGGAGAAAGUGAAGGGCCCCGCGCCGCCGCCUAGCUAUGAUGACUCUGAAAGACGCGAAAAUCAAAAGGAGUGUGAGGAGCGACGCCUGCAAAUCGAGAGGAAUAUCGAAGAACGUAAAGCACGAAGGGAGCAAGAGAAGAAGUAG